GGGAUGAGCUUCCCGCGGCCCCUGCGCCGCUCCGUCAGCCUCAGCCCGGCCCGCACCCUGCGCCUCGUCGUGCUGGGGCAGAGCGCCGUGGGCAAGACAGCAUUGACUGUACGAUUCAUCACCAGGAGGUUCAUUGGAGACUAUGAUCCAACUCUAGAAAUGAUCUACAGGCACGUGGCUGUCAUUGACGGGGAGAUGGUGCACUUUGAGAUCCUUGACACGGCAGGACAGGAGGAGGACUCCCUGCAGAUCGAGGAGAAGAUCAAGUGGGGCGAUGGCUUUGCCGUGGUGUACUCGGUGACCGACCGGUGCAGCUUCGACGAGGUGAUGCGGCUCUGCUUCCUCAUCAACCACCUCCACGCCAGCCCCAAGCGCAGCGGCGGCGCCGAGCAGCCCCCCGUCGUCAUCGUGGGCAACAAGAAGGACCUGCAGUUCGACAGGAUGGUGUCCACGGAGGACGGUGAGAACCUCUCCAAAGCCCUGAAGCUUCCUUUCUACGAGAUCUCCACCCGGGACAGCUACGAGGAGCCGGUGGCCGUGUUCAGCAGCCUCUACCAGGAGCUGCUGAGGCAGGGGCACUUCUCCCCGGGCUCCUUCAAGAGGAGGACAGUGUCCAAGCUGAUGGAGAAGAUUCCCAAGAUGCAGGCCAGCUCCACCCUGAACUCUGUGGGCCGGAGCCUCAGCUUUAACUCCUUCAGGGACUACAUCCCUGAGCCCCUUGGCUUGCUCUCCUCUAGUGAGACUGUAAAUAAACCCUGGAAGAAGGGCAGCAGAUGCUCCAUCCCUGCUGAAUCCACCACCUGCUCCCUGCUUUCCAAGGUUCCAAGUCACCCCAGGCCUGACACCUCCACCUCGCUGGGGCAGCCCAUCCCUGGGGGAGGCAAAUCGACCUGCCCAGAUUUCGGAUGCACACUGAGCCCUUAGGCUCAGAUCCCACUUCUCCAUCCCAGAACAGCAUUCCCGGGGCAGCUUCUCCCGUUGAUGCCCUGCCACUCAGUUGCAAGGACACGACGGAGCCGAUUCCAGGAGGUACAAAUGCUGUUGCUUGCAGGGGCCUCUGUGUCUGUUCAUUAAUUUCCCCAUUCCCAAGGGGAGAAUCACCACGGGCUGAGAAUUUGUCUGUUUGCACAGGGAUGGGGCAGGAAAUACAUGGGAAGGAUCCAGGUCACAGCUCAUGUUUCCCUCCCUCCCUCCCAGUGCUGGGGGCUCUGUGGCUGUUCAAGGUGACUGUGCUGGGACCCUGUGGGGUGACCUCCCCCUUGUCCCCCCUGUUGUGACCGACCCCAUUGUCUGCUGCUGCGUCCUGUGACAAUAAAAGCCGAGUUC